UGUUUUUACUUUUUUAGAUAAGUUAUUAAGAAAAGUAAAAGAAAAGAAAUGAUAAGGUUCAGAUAUAAAUACGGACCUCAGCAAUAACAAAGAGAGAGGUGUCGAUUUAGUUCGCUAACUACCGAAGAAGCAAGCACCUACCUCUCUCUCUCAACGCUCAGAAGAAAUGGCAAGGAAGAAGAUCAGAGAGUACGACUCAAAGAGACUCGUGAAGGAACAUUUCAAAAGGCUUUCCGGUAAAGAACUCCCUAUCAGAUCCGUUCAGAUUAACCAAGAGACUGAUCUUAAUGAGCUAGUUGAGAAGGAGCCUUGGCUCUCUUCCGAGAAGCUGGUCGUCAAACCCGACAUGUUGUUUGGUAAGCGUGGCAAGAGCGGUUUGGUCGCCUUGAAACUCGAUUUCGCUGAAGUUGCGACAUUUGUCAAAGAGCGCUUAGGCAAAGAGGUGGAGAUGAGUGGAUGCAAAGGACCCAUCACAACUUUCAUUGUUGAGCCCUUUGUCCCACACAAUGAGGAGUUUUAUCUCAACAUUGUUUCGGAUAGGCUUGGCUGCAGCAUUAGCUUUUCUGAGUGUGGAGGGAUUGACAUCGAGGAGAACUGGGACAAGGUCAAGACCAUCUCUGUGCCCACUGGUUCUUCCUUGACACCUGAGAUAUGUGCACCUCUUGUUGCUACCCUUCCUCUUGAGAUCAAAGGGGAACUUGAAGAUUUUAUUCAAGUUAUUUUCACCCUUUUCCAAGAUCUUGAUUUCACUUUCUUGGAGAUGAAUCCUUUUGCACUGGUUGAUGGGAAGCCUUAUCCUUUGGAUAUGAGGGGUGAGCUUGAUGACACCGCUGCUUUCAAAAACUUUAAGAAGUGGGGAGACAUUGAAUUCCCCAUGCCAUUUGGAAGAGUGAUGAGCCCCACAGAGAGCUUCAUCCACGGUCUAGAUGAGAAGACAAGCGCAUCUUUGAAGUUCACUGUUCUGAAUCCCAAGGGAAGGAUUUGGACUAUGGUUGCUGGAGGAGGUGCAAGUGUCAUCUACGCAGAUACUGUUGGAGAUCUUGGGUAUGCAUCUGAGCUUGGAAACUAUGCUGAAUACAGUGGAGCCCCCAAAGAAGACGAGGUUUUACAGUACGCUAGAGUUGUCAUCGAUUGUGCUACAGCGAAUCCGGAUGGGAAAACCAGAGCACUGGUGAUCGGAGGUGGAAUUGCUAACUUCACCGAUGUUGCUGCUACCUUCAAUGGCAUUAUCCGAGCUCUCAAGGAAAAGGAAGCAAAACUGAAAGCAGCAAGGAUGCAUAUAUAUGUGAGGAGAGGAGGACCAAACUACCAAAAGGGACUUGCUAAAAUGAGAUCCCUUGGAGAUGAAAUCGGUGUCCCAAUCGAGGUGUAUGGUCCUGAAGCAACAAUGACAGGUAUCUGCAAGGAGGCAAUUGAGUACAUCACAGCGGCUGCAUAAAAAGCCUUUAACUCUACUGUGUUACUUCAAAUGCUCUUUAAGAUUUGUGUUGAGUCUUAUGGUUGGAUUAUAUGUUUCACUUCUUAAGUUUCUUAUUUGUAUUCAUAAUAAUCAUCGAGGAUCUUUGGUACUCUUUUCUCUUUUUACUUGGUGUGUUUCACUUUUGAUUGUCA